AUAACUUAUUCAAAACAUAAUUUGAAAAAUAUACUCGCGUUCCAUUUCAGUAAUCAUUACAAUUUUGGACGCCGAAAUCGAAACACACGCUUACUUAAUGUUUUAAUUUAUUUUUAAAUUUUCAACAUGAAAUUCCUAGUUCUAUUUUUGAUAGUCUCAGUGGUACUUGUUGAAUGUACGCAUGUGUUUCUUGGUACAAAUGUACAGAGACCGUUGGUACACCAUGAGCAAGUGAAGUACCACGCUCAAGUGUUCAGGAAGAGGAUAGAAUAUUUUACAUACACUCUGCCCAGUAUACCGAAUCAACAAAGAUACAUCCAGGGCAUCAUGGCGUACGACAUGACCAACUCCGGUGCAUCGGUCAACGUAACGGAAGGAGGCAUCGGCGCCAACAUGGUUAAACUGCGUAUGAAGAGCGACAGGGGAGAGCCUCUGCACUACGAUAUCUAUAUCUACGUUUAAAUAGACAAAUCAGCACAACAAGCUUACGACUAUAAUCCCCAUUGGGGUAGUCAGAAGUACAUCCAUCGCAAG